AAAAAUCGAUCUUCAAAAAUCGAUUUUAUAUUGGAUGCACACGCCUAUCACAUUCUGCCUGAAUUUUGUCGCAAACGGCGUUCCAUAGUGAUCGAGUGAUGGACUAAACAGUGCAGCAUGUUGGAAGCAAACACACAAUUAGACAAGCCUUCCAGCUGCAAGGGUGUACAGGACCCCACCCCCCUGCAUGAGAGUCCUAAUCCAGUUACCCCAUGCACCACAACAUCCCAUCAGACUGAAUUACUGCUGCAUGCGUGCAAGUUCCGUUUCUACGAUAUCAAAGGAUCAAGAUCUGUGACAGAAAUCAGAAUGAAACUCAAGUCUGGUAUCUUCCAUUGUCCGACCUCUGUGAUAAUUAUAAGCAAGUUUGCAGUAUCAAUGUGACUGUCCAUCAUCUCGAAGUCUCUACAAAAGUGAAGUGAUCUCUUCAACAUGUCUCUACAUCUCAAGAAGCGCUACUCCACCUCUAAACCUUGCAGCUGCAAAUGUCCACUAAAGCUCAACAAUUGCUCUUAUUCGAUUCGAUUCUUAUAUACGCCCUGCCACGAAUAGAUAGUGUUCAUCACAACACGAAAUUCGAAAACGAACGAUCAACAACAACAAAAAGCACUCAACAGUCAUCUCAUUUAUAUCAGACAUUAUUAUUAUGUAUAUAGAGAGGGGCCCCUCACAGUAGUCAGUACCUUCAUUCAUUUUUGUGACAGCAGUAUAUCACAACAAGUGGCAGUAUCUGCUCUUGAGCACUGACUAAUUAAAUGAUCUGACAACACGAGACCACUGGGUGGAAUAUUGAAGUGAAGUCUAUCCACUACUGAACUACUGUGAACUAUAAUGAAGUCUAUCUGAACUAGAUUGAAGUACUGAAGUCUAUCCACUACUUAUGAAGUCAAGUCUGAAACAUUUCUACUAACAUCACUGACACUGACACUGGCUAUCAACACUGCAGAUGGUGGUACUCACGCACAGACUGGUUGUGGUCUGAUAGUUAUAACGAGCCUUAUACGUACUGUAUAUCAAGCCUUAAAUCGUGUCUACUAAUGUCUACCCCCUAAUAAUCUAUUUCUCGCACUGCAUAGUUCUUGCUCUGGGGGACCAACUGGCAGAUCUGACACACUGCACUGCAGAUGGUGACAUUUCAAGAAUCUACACUGAAAAAACAACUGGGUGAUCCAGAGUGCAUGUGAGCUCUUCACAAACAUGUGCUAAAGUCCAACUUCUGUUUAAAGUUAGUACUUUUUGCUUCUUCUCUCAAACCCUAACCCUAUAUAGAUCUAUCUAGCUAUAUUUAUACUGUUAAAAGGAAAGCAAGUACUAGGACAUCCUUUUGAUGAGAACAUGAGUUCAAUGUCCGUGGAAGCGAUGAAGGUGGAUGAAGUUUCCCAGAUGCUGAAAGACAAGGGUGUUCCUGACAAGUUUUGUGAAGUGUUUGAAGAAAACUUUGUUGAUGGAGAAGCGUUUAAAUGCAUAAAAGAAUCUGACAUCAAGGAGAUGGUGCCUCCAAUUGGAAUUGUGAAAAAGAUUCUAAGGAUUCAAAACGAUUGUUUCACCUUACCUGCUCUACCCUCACCUUCUUCUCUCAAUCCUCUCAAUCCUGAACGUGGUGAUGAUGAUAUCUCGAUCGGCUCAAGUUCCUCUAUCUGGUCAAGUUCUGAGUCGCCCCCGUCGGAAGCUAGCACCAUGCCUAGAGCACGCGACAGAGAAAUAUUGACUAUACCAACUUCUUGGCGUCCUGAAAUCCAGGAUUGCAUAACGGAUGAAAUGCUAGAUAUUUCUGCGAGAAACGAGAUAGUACGCACCCUUGUCAACAUUCUCUUCACCUGUUACUCUUCCCCAACUCGGGCGCAGUGUUCUUCCUUAGCUCGAAGACUUAUUUUACAAUACGGCUUCAUGAAGGAUGACCAGGGGAGUGGAUAUCAAACCUGGGAGGACAAAAUGGUUGAGCGUGUAAGAAAUGUGAUCAAAUGUGCUCGAAAAAAGAGAGACAGAGAAGAUUCUUCUUGUCCUAAACAGAAGAAACAAAAAAUGCCUUUAAAACGAGGCCAGCUUCUCCGGAGGUACCCAAUUGGAGUGACUAGACCAAUAGAAGACAUUGGAAGCUUUGGUGAACAUAUGAAAGCGUUGUCAAUAGAAAUGGAAAAGGCUAAUCCCAGAGACACUAUCAUUCUUCCCUUGAUGAAGUCUACCUACUCAAAAAGAAGAACAUUUAUCGAGGCUGAAGCAGUGUCUGUGCAAGAGGUACUGAAAGAAUGCCAUGCAGCACUAAAACGGCCAGCUGCUCUGGAACAGGAAAUGGGGCUAGUGACGGGGUGUCAUGAUGUCAAGCAAACCUUCAUUAAUAACUGGAAGUUAUUUGUUCCAGCAAUCAUGAGGUAUGCUAGGAAGAAUAAGGGGAAAAAAGGACUCUCAACUAUAUUUGAAACCCUUGAUGACACUGUUGAAAGGCAUGCAGAUCUUGGCCCAUUGAGCUUUUUAGGAGUUUUAGUGGCUAAAAUGCUAGAUGAUGCCCUUAUCUAUCUUUAUCAAGAAUUUUCAAUGGAUACAUCUCUUACAGAUGCCAUUCAAAGAGAGCCCGUUAGAAACUCCCCAAGAAUUAUUGCUCUUUGUGGCGCAGAAAUAACACAAUACUUUGUCGUUGUUGAGAGAAUUGUUUUGUGUGAAGCUCCAUCGAUCCCAAGUGCUCUGUUCUAUACGUUUUCAGCCUACUAUGUGUUUAACUUGGAGUACCCGAAAAAAGCUGCUGGAAUAUUUUAUUUCCUACAAGACUAUAUUCUUGCAUAUCCUGAUUCACUUAAACGGCCUGCUACAUACCUGUCUGUGGUCUCAGAUAUCAAAAGCCAAGUUAAACGAUAACAAUCAACCAUUUCACUAUGUAAGUACGUUAUAACUAUUCACUAUAGACCAGCUAGCUAUAAUAAUUAUUAGCUAUGUGUAUAAGUACGUUAUCAGUUUAUUGUUUUUGUGCAAAUAUAGUUAGUAUACCCAUUCAUGUGUACUGUUAUAAUUAUGGCCGGGUGA